AUGUGCUUCUCCGGCCUCGGUCAGAUCGUUUUCGGGGGUAUCAUGGUGUUGUGCUUGGCGCUGACGGCCGCGUCAAUGUUCAGCGACGGCUGGCGUAAAUACCCCGACGAUCAGCAUUCUGGUAUUUUCGGGUAUAAUUGCGUAAAUCCGAACAUCACGAACGGCCAAACCCAGAAGCAGAUCUGUAAUGAAUGGUGGAAGAACCUGAAAACCUGGGAAAAGGUGACAGUUAUCGCUAUGAGCUUGGCACUUGUUGCCGAGCUCGUCUGCCUGGCCUACAACGUGUUCGCCUGCUUCGCGUGCUGUUGGAAGAAGUACGUCAUUCACCCAUUGUCAGCCCUGGCGGCACUUGUUGCUAUUUUCCUGGCGAUCGCCGUCGUCGUCUACGGCGUCAACAACAAGAACGCCUUCGACGAAGUAAAGGACAACUUCACAAACGGCCAAAAGAUCACCACCCAGCUCGGCUAUUCCUACUUCCUUGCGAUCGCCGCGUUGAUAUUGGCGGUGAUCGACAUUUUUGUGGCAGCGCUGACGAUCUGCCUCGCGGAGAGCUGUAUC